AGUUACUAGAGAUUAUAAUAAUACAAGGAAAAAAGCAUGAAAUUUGCAAUUAUUUUGAUUUUUGAGAUCUGAAUGAUAGAUUUGCUAUUAUUUUAUUAUAUAUUCCGCAUUAGAUCUUUGAACCAAUUGCACUUACUGGUUAAACUGUGUUUGCGUUACUUAAGAAUGGGUUCAAGCAGCAGCAAGUCCAAUGCUGCCGCCGAUUCCCCGUCGCCGUCGCCUCCGCCGCCGUCAAUUGCUGAGACGGCUCGAUCCAGCCGAAGCAGAGUGUUCCAGUCGUCGUGUCUACGAUCUAACGACUCCGACGGUGACGGUUCGCAGAUUUCCAAACAUCAAUCUGAAGGAAAUUGUAGCACUACGCCAACCACAGAUGAAAAUGAGACUGGAGGAGAAAAAAAUGAAUGUUAUGAAAACGUUAAAGCAGAGCAGCCAGAUGAAAACCAUGUAAAUUCUGAUGUUGAGCUUGAUGAGUGGCACCAAUCAAGGUUUUAUGAUACUGUGUCCACAGUAGGUAAUUCUUCUUCUUCAAGAGCUUUCUCAUCCAGAUCGUCAAAUCUGCUGAAUCGUUUCCUUCCUCGCCUGAGCUUCACUCCUGGUAAUAUCAGCUUCAGAUUAAGCAGAGCAAAUGAUUUAGGAGGACAAGGAGCUCCUUCUGCUUCAUCAAGAAGUUUUGUGCUUUCAAAUGAUGAAGAUGAUCUUCAUCUUCAGUCAUGUUCAUCAGAUAGAUUUGUUAAUAGAAGUGAAAGGCCAAGGAGUUGUGAUUUUUUUCCUGUGUGCUUUGGUAAUGGAUCUCCUACAGAAAAUCAAGAUUUUGCCUCUAAUAAUGGUGAUAGUUCAUUACAAAACCAACAUAUAGCUUCUGGUCAAGGUUUGGUGAGAGAUAAUAAUGAUACUAUAGUAGACAGUGAUAUAAAUUUAUUCUCUCCUGAGAGUUAUGCUGAUGGAAUUGAGACAAGACUUUCUGAUCGAAGAAGUGCACCUCGUGCGCCUGAUGAAAGGAACAUCCAAUUCAGCAGAACUUUGAGUGUUGGUAGACUUCGUGGUAGAGUUCUUCGAAGAUCACCUUUUCCGGAGUUUCGUCCUUUUCAUCGGGAGAUGGAAGUGAGACGUGCUAGUGAGGGUAGUCGGAGACAGGAUUUGGUUGGUGGAAUACGGCAGGCAAUAUCUGAAGAUAAUGACUCCAUUACUCCAAGUUAUUCUGGGCAUGCAUCUUCUGGUGUCUCAAAUUCCGUAUAUCGAAUUCUACAUCAUGAGGUUUCAAGGGCAACAUAUACCAUUUAUCAUGAACUCCUGGAUCAUAGAUCAAGUUUCUCUGAGCGGCGAAGAAGAAUAAGAUCUCAGGUACGCGCACUACGAAGGCUGAGAAGCCGUUUUGAGAACUUCUCUGGGCAUACAAGACCUUGCAUUUUAUCUGGUCAACAUAGAUCGGGUAAUUGCACAUGUCGUAGGAGUUCUCAAGCUAAUUCAGAGAAUCACAAUAGCAUUAGGGCUAGCAUAUCGAGAAAUCUUAUGUUAGCAGAAGCUUUACUUGCGCAGCAAUCUGUAGUAUUAUCCUCCCAGCCUUCUGUAUCUUCAAUUGGGUCUCUUCCGGCACCUAAUGAUGUGGUGGAAUCCCUGCCUGUGAAAACAUACAACAAAUCACAAAAUGAUUUGAGCGAAGAUGCUGCACAAUGUCACAUAUGUCUCGUGGACUACGAUGAUGGAGACAGUUUGCGUAUAUUGCCUUGCCACCAUGAUUUUCAUAGGACUUGUGUAGACAAAUGGCUUAAAGAAAUUCACAGGGUAUGCCCACUUUGCCGAGGUGAUGUCUGCAGAUCUGACUUAUUUGGUGCAGGGUCUGAUCCUCUGUUGUUGUAGUUGGGAACCGAAGCUCAGCUCAGCUCGUGUUUUGAUGCACUUAGUUAUGGUGAGAGGUUUGGUCAUGUUUUUGGUGAGGUUGUGUCAUUGUGUUUGGCCAAAUUUGUUUGAAAAGCAACCAACUUCUUAUGCCAUAUGCUGAAAUGCCCAUGUUGAACUAUGAGAGCAGAUUUGUGUUUCCAGAUUUGGUUGUAGGCUUUAGUUCUGGAGCACUAUUCGAGUGCUGGGAAGUGUUAGUUUUACUCAAUUGGUUAGAGCUUCUGGUUACCCAUGUUCUCAUGGUAUUAUUGUUUGGUAUGCAAAAAUUUGCACUAAUUUUAUACUCCGUAUAAUUUAUUAAUUGUAUGGAUUUA